AUGGCAGGAGACCCGGAGCGUGCCGACGCUGGUGAUGAGGAGAUGGCCGAGGCGGGCAGCGGCGGCAGCGACGGCAGCAGCGGCAGCGACUCGGACUUUGAGGAGCUGACCAUCAGCCCCGAGGACACCGAGCUGCUCAUGAAGCUGGAGCAGCAGCUGCAGGACAACCCCAGCCUCUACGACAGCCAUGUGCAGUACAUCGAGGUACUGCGGCGCUGCAAGAUGGGCUCACGGCUGCACGAAGCGCGCCAGGCGAUGCAUGCCGCCUUCCCUCUCACCGAAGCCCUGUGGUUUGACUGGCUGUCGGAUGAGAUUGAAGGGCUGUCGGAGGCGGAGGAUGUGCCCAGGAUUGAGGCGCUGAUGGACGAGGCUGUCCAGGACUAUCUGUCCGUACCGCUCUGGGUGCAGUACCUGGAGUUUGUGCGCGAGUUUGACCCAGAGGUGCAGGCGGGCGGCGCCGCUGGGCGGGCCAGGAUGCGGGACCUAUGCGAGCGAGCCCUCACCGCCGGCGGGCUGCACGUCACAGACGGCAGCCGGCUGUGGGCUGUGUACCGCGAGUACGAGCAGGGCCUGCUGGAGGAGCAGGCCAGCGAGGAGCAGGCGGAGCGCGUGCGCGGCCUGUGGACGCGGCAGCUGCAGGUGCCGCUGGCCGAUGGGCCGGACACGCUGGCAGCUUACCUGGCAUGGGAGCGCAGCACGCGAGGUGGGCCUGGGGCAGGCGACGAGGCCUGGCAGGCGCCGGCGGCGGUGCAACAGGGGUAUGCCAAGGCGCAGCAGGCGGCCGAGCUGCGGCAGCCUUACGAGGAGUCGGUGGCUGCUGGCAAGCCCGCUGGCGCCGACCUGCUGGCUGCCUACAUGGCGUAUGUUAAAGUGGAGGAGCGGGCCGGAGACCCGGGCAGGGCUGUCUACGAGCGCGCCGUGGCGGCCUUCCCCGUCACUCACUACCUCUGGCUUCAGUAUGCUCGAUACCUGGAGGCACACCUCAAGAUUGGCUCGGUGGUGAAUGCGGCAUAUGCCCGUGCCGUGCGCAACUGCCCCUGGGUGGGCCAGCUGUGGGGCCGCGCGCUGCGCGCGCUGGAGCAGUCGGAGGCGCCUGAGGAGCAGCAUGCGGCGCUGUACGAUCGGGCGCUCGCUGCAGGCCUGCAGAGCUACGAGGACUAUCUGGAGGUGGUGCUGGCGCGCCUGGACUGCCUGCGCCGGCGCGGCGCCGAGGCGCUGCCCAAGCUGCGCACCGCCUUCAGGAGGGCCGCCGACCUGCUGCAUUCCUACUUUCCAGACCAUCUGGACAGGACCUUCAGGCUGACUAGCUACUGGGCGGACUGCGAGGCAGGGGUAGGCGGAGACCUGGCGGCGGCGCGGGGCGUAUGGGAGGCGGCGCUCAAGGGCGUGGCGGGGCGGUACGCCGACACCUGGGCCGCCUUCAUCGACUUUGAGCGGCGGCGGGGGCACACUCGGGAGGCGCGCACGCUCUACAAGCGAUGCUACAGCCGUCGACUGGAGGAGGGCGGGCAGGCGCUGCUGUGCGAUGCCUGGCUUCGCUUUGAGCGGGAGGAGGGCAGGUGGGCAUGCCGCCACCACGCUGCUUGCUUCCCUGGCCGCCUGGUGUGGCAGCAAACACUCAAGUUCACCUUCGCUCCACCACCAUACACCAAUGCCCCCCUUGAUGUCGCCUGUUUUUGCCGCUCCAUGCCAGCCUAA